AUGGCCUCCAAAAGCCCCGACAUCGACCUAGACCUCGUCAUUAUUGGAGCGGGCAUCGGGGGGAUCAAUGCAGCGUAUCGUUACCAGGAAUCAUCGCCAGCCGGAAGUUCCUAUGCCGUUCUAGAGGCACGAGACUCGAUAGGCGGCACCUGGGACCUGUUUCGGUAUCCCGGUAUCAGAUCCGACUCGGACAUUUUCACGUUCGCCUUCCAGUGGAAUCCGUGGCCCAGAAAAGAAGCGCUAGCAGACGGUCGUGACAUCAAACAGUACUUGAUUGACUCGGCAACCAAGACGGGUGUCAUGAAGAAAAUUCGCCUGGGCCACAAGGUGACGUCACUGAAUUGGCAGUCGGAAGCAUCGCGAUGGCAGGUCAUCCAUAAUGUGCCGGGAGGCACAGAGCCUGUUGUGCUAUACAGUCGCUUCAUCUACUUGGCCACGGGGUAUUACGACUACCAAGAGCCGCUCCAAACGACAAUUCCCGGCAUCAGCGACUUUCAGGGUGACGUGAUACACCCACAGUUCUGGCCCAAAGACUACGAAUACGAGGGCAAGAACGUGGUGGUGAUUGGUAGUGGUGCAACGGCCAUCACGAUCGUGCCGUCGAUGACGGAUAAAGCUAAGCAUGUCACGAUGCUGCAGCGCAGUCCGACAUACAUAUUUCCGCUCCCAUCACGUGGCUUUCUCUCGUCCGUGGUCUUCACUGUGCUGCCCUGGGCCGUCGCGUACUGGUUGCACCGAGUCGGCUGGAUUCUACAGACAAUCUUCAUGAUUGCGGCCUGUCGAGCGUGGCCUGGGCUGUCCAAGCAGUACAUUCGAUAUGAAAACGCAAAGUUGCUGCCGGAGGGCGUGCCGUGGGAUCCGCACUUCAACCCUCGGUACAACCCGUGGGAGCAGCGCCUCUGCGCAGCCAGAGACGGCGAUAUCUUUGCAGCACUGCGCUCUGGAAAGGCAAGCGUCGUGACGGAUACAAUCAAGUCUGUCACGAAGAACAGCAUCAAUCUGACAUCGGGCGAGACACUCUUUCCAGAUACCAUCGUCACCGCCACGGGGCUGAAGCUCCUCUUCGCGGGUGGCAUCACGGUCGCUGUGGACAACAAGGUAGUUGAUUACGCUAAAUCCUUUUUGUGGAAGGGCACAAUGCUGCAGGACGUGCCGAAUCUGUUUUUUACCAUAGGAUUCGAGAACGCCGCGUGGACGCUGGGCUGCGAUUGCGCUGCGCGGUUGGCUCUCCGCGUCAUCAACGAAAUGGUCGACAAGAAGGCGACCGUCUCGAUUCCUCGAGUCGAUCCCUCGUCCAAGUCUAUGACGCCCAAGCCGCUAUUUAGUCUGUCGGCGACAUAUCUCCAAAAGGUCAACGAAGAGUUGCCGAAGGGCGGCACGGGCGUCUGGGCGCCGCGAAGCAAUUACUUGAUCGACCUGUGGAAAACGCAGUACGGUGAUGUUGAGACUGGACUGGAGAUGAAAUAG